AUGACGGCGAACACACCGACUCCACCAUCGCUCAGUACCUAUGAGCUGUACAAAAAAGCGACCAACGAGCUCGUGAAGUGGCUUAUUACCACAGCUGCAUCCUGCGGCUACACCACUCCCAAGUUCAUGUCCAGGCUACCUGUCCGCUACCUCCAGAAAUGCGCCGAAGCCAUCAGCCGCAAGAAGAGCACCGAGAUACCAGGACAUAUCAUCGACACUGCUGACGACGUAGUCGUGGGUCGGCUGAUAUAUGUAAGGUGGUUUGGCGAUCAGCAUGACAGCGACGAAGAGUCGAAUGGUAUGCAUCAACACUUCCUCACCUCUAUGGAAAGCACUCGCCAGAUUCUUGUUCAAGCACGCAAAGAGCGCAAGCCACAAAGCACUCCGCCUCGUGUAUUCCCAAGAUCCGAAGAAGCUUCAAAGGAUGGUGCAGCUGAAAUGACACUGACUAAUCUGUUCCAGCAUCUGCGAGUUGAGGAGAUCUCAGGCGAGACCAGGUCCACCCAGAAAGAUCCAGCAGAUUCUGCAGAUCACACAAAGCCUCUCCAGGAGCCUAUCGAACUCUUGGUUGACACAGACUCAGAUGAGGAGGCGCGUUUCGCACUCCUUUGCCACCUCCAAGACCAAGCUGCCAUCCGCGACUUUGUCAAGCAGACCUGGCAACAGUAUGCACGAGGCGAGAUCAGUUUCUUCGUGGCGACCACCAUCGCCGAAGAGGCCUACACAUGUUUCGAUCGCGCUGAGCAUGAUUUGUUGGACCGGAACUAUUGCCAUGAGGUCAACAGCUGGUUGCAGUUCCUGAACCUGGAAGGCCAUUACGUGGAAUACGACGACAGGAUCGACGUAACGUUCGUUGACAAAGACACGGGCGAAGUGUCUCCUCUGACUGAACUGCUAUGUCCGACAGCGUACGUAUUUCUCACUGGCAUGCUGCAUGACUGGGACGCAUGGAAAGAUGACUUCGAGCAGAAGCGGUGCGACAGCUAUGUGCCGAGCCUAGCUGCGGUCGAUUUUGCCAAGAGAACACACCCAUUCCUCGAGAGGAUGUUGGCGAUAGUGCCCGAGUUAUUCCACUCGAUGUACAUCGAUUUCCCAGAGAAUUCGAAUCGCCAUCCCAUUCACAUGUUUUGGGGUCUCUAUAUCAUGCAAGGUAAAGACAGCGUUAUCAGCUACCCACUCAUGGUCUUGCAGUCUUACAUGGAUAUGUUUGACGUGAUUGGGGACAUAUCUGAGCUUGCCAUUGCAGAAUACGUGAAGACGGUGGGCCAAUCGAAAGCUGCCGUCGACGAGAUGGUGGAGGCCAGGAAUUCGUAUGGACUGGAGACAACUCUCAACGCGGCCCAAGAAGAGCUCAUUCGCUACACAGAGAAGCGACUCAGCGAAGACGUACGGUUCAAGAAUGCGCUACUUGCUGAGGAAGACUUCUCAACUGCGACCUAUAACUCGGCCUUGGCACGACAUGUUCGUAUUGCCCAAUGUCUGCCCACAGCCCUUGGCGCACGAGUAACGUUCUUAAAGCUGAGGAUGCACGAUCUCGAUGUCAGCUGCGCAAACGAAGGCCUCAUCGUCCCCGGUAUGGCCUAUCUGUACAAGGCUGCAAGGUGGUACAAUCUCAUCUCGGAAUGGUCGGAUCUGGAACGAAUGAUUGCCUUGCAGACUAAAGCCUCGGGAUCAUCCUUCGUCAAGGACAUUCCUAAACACGGUGACCCAGCAUGGUAUGUCGACCAUGUCAAGAUAUACUGCCAGGGUCUCGCGGUCCAACGCAAGAAGUACACCAGCGACUUGAAGAGACGCCAGCAGGCAACCCUAGUUCACAGCGGCAUCGAGUGGGAACAACUCAUGGAGAAGUACCAGGAGAAAAGGCUUUAUGGCUUCGAACUUGGCGAGAACAACUGCCCGGUCGGUCCCGCGGCCAAAGACCGUACAUUCCAAGCAGUCGUGCAAGACAUGGCUCGAAACGCAACCGGAUGUCAGCACGACAACUUCUCCGAUAUCGAGUGCCUCAAUGCCUUGAAGCAAGCCUGGGUUCGCGACGAGCCAGAACUCAACUUCAGCUACUUCGGCAUGUGGAUGGUCCUGACCGAUAAGCUCAAUGAGUUGCGGCAGCGUAUCGAAAAGAACCCAAGUAGUAUGGUAAGGCCGCUGGGAACUACCGGGUGGACCGAGACAUUUCCCGCAAUACUGAAGGAAGCUGCAUUGUACUAUCGCAUUGACCAGAAGUCAAAGCACGACAAGCAGCUUCCACGCUCUCGCCUAGCCACCGCGGCCAGCAUGAUGGAACAUGUGAUAAAGUCGUCCGGCGACCGUUAUAUCAAGCAGUCGGAAGCGCGAUCCGGUGGCGAUGGCGUGAACAAGGAACAUGAUCAGGACUAUUCGCCCCACGAGAUUGAAGACCUGGCAUCCGAAGACGGCAUCCUCAGCUGUCCAGAUACGGUAGCCAGGGGCGGAUUCAUCGCAUGGCUAGACCCGCCAUUCGGAUUCAAGAAGCUCAAUCCCGAGAGGCUUGCAGUGGAGGAUAUAGACUCGUACAUCGAGGGUCUUCGCGCUGCGCGUGAAGGUGAGUAG